AUGAACCUAAAGCUCCUCUUCUUGUGCCUCUUCUUUGCGGUGCUCCUCGUACCUGCUGAACUGAAACGAAAAAAGCACAAAUACCAUCAUCAUGAUCAUGACGGUCAUGGACCUGAGCAUAAACACCACAAAAAGAAAGGAAGGGUUGAUGACAUAUUGAGAGACUUGUUCUUUAAUAUCCUGGAGGGAGCUGGUGAUGAUGAUGAUGACGAUGACCAUGGUAAUUCAGAUUGGGUUUUUGAACUUCAAGAGCUAGAAGGUCAAUGCGACCCAAACCCUUGCCUCAACAAUGGAGUGUGUGAGCAGAAAGGCAACAGGAAGUUUGAAUGCGAUUGUCCCAAACCUUUCAAGGGAAAGAAAUGCCAGAAAGGUCCCAAACAUUGUAAAAGAGGUCGAUGCGGGCGUGGUGAAUGUGUGCUGACUUCCACUCCUCCGUUCUACGAGUGCAAAUGCAAGGAGCCCUUUCAGCCUCCACGCUGCAGACACUUCUCACUGUGCGAGCCCAAUCCAUGUAAGAAUGGUGGAAAAUGCAUCAAGGAUGGCACUGACUUUGACUGCCUGUGCCCUACGGGGUACAGAGGACGUUUCUGCCAUGUUGGCCCGAAUGACUGCUAUGUGGAUGACGGAGAGUCGUACCGCGGCAAUGUGAGUGAAACAGAUGACCGCCAUGAAUGCCUCUACUGGAACUCUCACUUCAUUCUGGAGAACGGAGCUGAUCCCUUCAAUUCCUUUGAGGACAAAGAUGGACUUGGCCCUCACAACUUCUGCAGAAACCCGGACGGAGACGAGAUGCCCUGGUGCUUCUUCAGACAAGGCCGCAGGUUGUCAUGGGACUACUGUGAUGUCACAGAGUGUCUUACACCAACAGGUGUGGUGCCAACUGAAAUUGUCUCUACAGGUGGUAAUCCCACUGCUCCCACACCCCGACCUACCACACCUCAACCCACAGCCACCUCCAAACCGACAGCUUCCAAACCCUCUACGACUGUGAAGCCCAUCCAGGCUCCUCAACCUACUCUUACACCUGCUGUAGGUACUCCCAAUGCCACCGCUCCAGGGCAACAGUUCGCCACUUGUGGGCAGCCUCAGCCAAAAAAGAUUGUUACCCGAAUUUUUGGGGGUCUGAAGGUCCCUCCCGGGGCUGCACCCUGGCAGGUGUCCCUGCAAAUGAGAUCAAAGAACUCCAACAACCCAUUCAGACAUACGUGUGGAGGAGUUCUUAUCGAGAGCUGCUGGGUGUUGACAGCUGGACACUGCAUUGUACAAAUGAAGGACAUGCAGGUGGUUGUGGGAGGUCUGUCACUGAAUAUGGAGGACUCCACAGAGCAAACCUUAAAAGUUGAGGAGGCUAUUCUACAUGAGAACUACAGAGAGAGUCCUGCAGCUGUUUACAAUGACAUAGCCUUGUUGAGGCUGAAAGGCACUGAUGGAGUUUGUGCCAAUGAGACCCAGUUUGUGAAGACAGCCUGUCUGCCCAAUGCCCAACUGCCUGAUGGCAUGGAAUGUACAAUUUCUGGAUGGGGUGCCACUGAGGACUCUCAAUUUGGUUCCAACCACCUGCUGGAGGCCAAUGUCAUGUUGAUCAGCCAGGAAAAGUGCACUGAACCUGAAGUUUAUGGCAGAGUGUUGACUAGUUCUAUGUUCUGUGCUGGCCACCUGCAGGGAGGGGUGGAUUCCUGCCAGGGUGACUCUGGAGGCCCACUGACUUGUAACCAGAACAAUGUCAAAGUUAUUUAUGGUCUGGUGAGUUGGGGGGACCAAUGUGGAAGGAAGAACAAGCCUGGGGUCUACACACGGGUCACUCACUUCCUGGACUGGAUCAAAUCAAAGACUCAAGCAGCAUCUCCAUAA